AUGAAAGCCAGAGGAGUAGAGAAUGAGACAGUGAUGGGCGUGGGCUCUUGGAUGAUCUCUUCCGUGAGCAUGAUGAUUCUCAACAAGCGUGCCAUUGACGCCUUUCCCCACGAGUGCACCUUGACAGCCAUGCAGAUGCUCUUCUCAGUUUGCGUGCUCCUUUGCGGUUUCCGCUACAUUCGCAUUGGCUCACUCAAGGAUGUCCUUCGCUGGUGUUUGGUCACGCCCUUCUUCUCGGGGAUGUUGCUCACCUCCAUGCUAGCGCUGAAGAAUGCUUCCAUGACGUUGGUGAUCGUGUUUCGCUGUCUGUCGCCCUUGCUCUCCCUUCCCAUUGAAGUCUUGUGCUAUCCACGGCCCUUGCGAUUGUCAGCGACCAGCUUUGCUGCCCUGCUGGGGAUGGUACUGGGCACCUGUCUCUAUGCGUCCCAACUGACCAAAGAGCCUAGGACCGCCGAUCGCCUGGUUCGGUUCGGUUGGGAGCGGUUGGAGCGAAAGUACGCAGCACCUGAAGUGGACGAUAGGCUGUAUGGGACAGUUCACUUCGUACUCCUUCCUUCCCCGUCACGGCACGUGUCAAAUCGCCUGAUGGAGCCGGUCGACAGCGACUCGGAGCCGUCCGAGGGCGCGCGGCGCUUCGGCGAGGACGUGGCACACCGGCUGAACGCCACGCGGACGCCGUUCGUCACAGGCAUCCUCGUGGAGGUGGCCUUCGCGUCGUUGAUGACGCGGUGGAUGGCGGAAAGCACACGAGAGAAGUCACCACUCUUCAACGUCUCGGAGGAGUUCAUUGUUCAAGCCUUGUGGACUGUCUUUGGAAUCUCGGUGCUGGGUCGUUGCUUGUGCUUGCUCUACUCACACCGAGCUAUUUUGCAUCGUCGCAGCGGGCGGGUGGUGACGAUCCUUUACAUGUUCUGCGGGACGACCCAGUGGCUCUUCAACUUGUCGGUUUAUUAUUUGGCCUAUGAUGCGGCCAGUUAUGUUGAGAGAAUCCAUCAUGUGCACGUGGGUCUCUCAAACACGCCGGUGUUCUUUGAGAACCACACCAGCCUCACAAACUGCCUCAUGAAAAACAGAUGGAGGUACGAGGCCUGUGACUUCGGCGUCUCCAGCAAUUGCAGCUUGCCCUAUGUGCCGCAGCACCACUAUGUCGUUGGGGACUGCGUCUCCUCCAUCGAAGUUCAAGGUCAAGCCUGCUGCAUCUCUGAGACAUUGAAGAUGGGUAAUCCUCGCAUGACGUUGCUGGGAGUCCGGUGUUCUGUGAGGUUGGUCUUUAUGAUCAUCAAAUGGCUGGCCAUUUUGUUGGUGGGUUGGGUCUUGCGCCAUGGCUACUUUGCCGGUGGCGUCGGCAGCACCGAAUUCACGCACGAUUCCUGGCUGGACAUCCUCGAUGCAGUGGUCUUCAGUGAAAACCUUUUGGAACCCUAUGUCCGUGGUCCAGCCUAUGGGAUCUCGAGCCUGGGGCGGCCUGAGCUGCGAAACGUUUGGCGCUUCCAUGCUGUGUAUGCAACAUUUGUUGUAGCCUUCCUUUCCUCCAUUUGGUCAUGCUUGAUCUACACUGCAUUGGUGCCUGUGAAAGAGGAAGAGGCCUUGCUGGAUGCAGAGCUUGCAGAAUUCCAGUCUACAGAAGAUGGACACCACGUGAUGGUCCAGCAGGAACUGUUCGAGGAAGAUGAAGAUGGGCGCAGCUAUGCUUGUCGUGAUCUUCUUUGCAGUGGUCCAGUUUUUCGUGUUGGCCGAGCUGUGUGUGCCCAGAAGGGUGCGUACAAGGUGCACUUCUUGGAUGACAUGGAGCCGGAGGAAGGCAUCUUUCAAUUGCACGAGUUACUGCCCGACCUCUCAAAGGAUGAGGAGCUUGGUCCUUGCUGCUCAGGUUGGUUGCAUUUGGAGGAGUUCCGACAGGGACGGAAUUCCUUUGAGCGCUUUGAGCGCAGGGCUCGAGUGAUCGACGCCGGGAGAUCUUUACUGUGCUUGCAGCUGCCCUUUCUGCUUUGGCGCCUUUUCUUGAAUUCCUUCCAAUUGGAUUUCCUCUCCUGGGGAGGUCGAACCAUGCUCAUCGGCAAGAACUUCAUUUGGAGCCUCAUGGCGCUCACCAAGAUCUUGAGCUGCGGCCGGGCGGAGGCCACAGCUUGUGGUUGGCAGCCCAUGAGGUUUCUGGAGAAGGCAGGGAGCACCCAGUUGAGUCAAAUUUGGAUUGGCCCUUCAGGGAUCUUGGCCUUCAUGCUGGAGGCAGCUGGCCGCAUGAGAGCCAAACAGCUGGAGCAUGAGGAGUCCAAGCUAAAGGAUCAUCUGAACUGGCUGAAAAAGCAGCAGUACGCGGACGAAGAAGUCCAUUCCAGGCUCCAGGAACUUCAACGACAUUUGGUGGUCAUUGAAGAGAAGAAGCAGUUCACAUUUCCUUGA